GCAACAGCAUUAUUCAUACAACCAUUGCCUGCUUCUCCCGGGCUUCCGGGUUGCAGUUGGAACGGGCACUUAUACUAAUAGGCGCGAGGACUAGGCAUUCAUCGUAUAUCGUAAUCCCUGUGCCAACAAGCAAUCCAAGCAAGGUAGACACAAUUUGAUGUGCCCUGUUCAUAUCAUUCAUUACGGCUCCCUGCUUCCCGUCCGCUGCUAGCCAGUCCACUCGAGGCUCAAGUGACGAAAACACACGGGAAAGACGCAAGUACCUGCUACCGCGGAGUGAGAGAGCCGGGAGUCCCUGGAACUACCGCAGCACGUUUGCCCGCACCGUUGAACCAUAAAAUUUCCCCACCCCGGACGUGCCAGCGAACCUCCUCCCCUGAGCUUCAGUCCUCAAUCAAAGAGUUCCUCUUCCUCUCCAUACUUUCUUCUUUUCUCGAUUACCAGCAAGAUUUCUCACCCGUCCAGGCCCGUCUGACGAACUCAACCACCAGCGCCAUGGCCAACAGUUCUGGUGUGCAGCAGACACCCGUCGGGACCCUGUCACCACCUGAUUCUUCGUCAUCUGCAUCUCAGUCGCCGAUUUCCCCGACGCAUGGAGUCCGGAUUCCUCUCGCAGUCGCCGACGUGCCCGAUGCUGGCCUGGCUAACAGGAGCCCGGAGGACCCAGUCAAGGCCUCCGAGCUGAAGGACGACAGCGAUGGACGCUCGCGGGAAUCCGCUGUUCCUGCGGCUUGCUUGGCUUGCCGGAGCAAGCAUCUCAAGUGCGAUGGGCAGACCCCGUGCUCUCGAUGCGUCGGCUCCAACUUCGAGUGCAUCUACGUAGCAUCUCGACGCGGCUACAAGGGACCCCGUCGAGGACCAGCACACAACCCAAACAAACGCCAUGCCACAUCUCCUCCCGACACAGACUCCAUCAGCAUCGCUCCGUCAGACUGCCCCAUGCUGCUCGGCGCCGGUGUCUCCAGCGCCAUGCCGGUGCCGCUUCCCUCGACCCCGAUGGCCAUGCAGAGUUUCAGCCCCAACGGCCUGCUGGCCGAUGCUCCGGCGACGCCUUUCCAAACCACCCCUGCCGUCACGCAGGCACAGCUAUACCGGUCGUAUUGCAGCAUCAACGGCAUGGAGCCCGCCAACAUGGUGACGGGUACCCACCUCCCUUUCCCCGCUCACUUUCCCAUGCAGACCCUCCAGGAGAGGUGCAUCGACUCCUUCUACCGUUACUUUCAUGAUUCACACCCCUUUGUGCUCCCCAAGGAGCACCUGCUUCGCUAUGCCAGCGAAAACUCCAUCGACCCACUCAUGGCCGUGAUCCGAUGGGUGGGAUCGCUUUUCAUCGAUGUGGGCAAAUCACGGCUGAGUCUGUACGAUGACGCCAUGCGGCUUCUAGACGACCUGACCCAACCUCAGGACGGCUUCAAGGUUCAGGCGAUGAUGCUGUCAAUUGUGGCGCUAGAUGGCUGCUGUCAAAAUGAAAAGGCGGCCCAGUUACUUGGCCGAACGGAGACGCUGGCUCUUUCCAUUGGCCUUAACAAGGCGCACUUUGCUACUCUAAACGGACGAAGCAACCCAGUGCUAGAGGAGAGCUGGCGGCGAACAUGGUGGGAUCUGUUCAUCAUUGACGGCAUGGUUGCCGGUGUCCACCGAAUGACCAACUUUUUACUUUAUGAUGUACCCGCCGAAGUCAGCCUCCCUUGUGAGGAGCACCAAUAUUUGUCUGGGCACAUACCUCAACCUAUGAGUUUGGAAGAUUUGGAAGACCGGGAGUUUUCCGGUGAUGAGCGCCGCUUCUCCUCCUUUUCAUACAGAAUUCUGUGUGGCCGUAACCUAGGCAGAUUCAUGAGAACCCCUCCCAUUUACGGGCCAGAUGACGAGAACCUGGAGAGGAUCGAGAAUCUCCUUACCAAUUGGCGACUUCACUUGCCCGAGGACAAGAGAGACUCACUUACGGCUGACGGUAAGCUCGAUGAGAUGAUGUUCCAGGCGCACAUGAUGAUGUACGCCACGUCCAUCCUUCUUCACCAGCCUCAUUCGCAGCUCGACUCUUCACCGUCCGAGAAAAUCACCUCUUGCGCACCAUACCAGCUAGUCCCAGCUGGAGACCUCUUCAAUAAGCACACGAAGCAUACGAUAACAUCAGCCAACGGAAUCAGCAAGCUGAUUACACACCGAGUGCCGUUGCUUUCCCACACUCACUUCUUCACCUGCGUCAUCACCCUUUCGUCCAUUGUGCAUCUCAAUAAGUGGGCACUCUUCUUCAUUCAGCACGACGAUGACGACCUAAGGCAGCAGAUUCGCCUUAACAUUGGCGCCCUCAAUGAGCUGUCUGCCGUGUGGGGCGCCGCAGAGAGAGCACGAGGACAGGUCAAGGGUGUAGCGCAGGAGAUUUACCACAUCAAGAAGGAACAGCAAAAGAACCCGCAGUACUGGCUUGGAUUCACCCAGGAAGACGUUAUGAACAGCAUCGCCGCCGACGAAUCCAUCAUCAGCAACUUUGAUAGCAUGCCGCCAGCCCAUCUGCUAGGAUAAAGCAAGGCUUGAGUGUAAGUCUUUUUCUUGUCAA